AUGGCGAUCCUCUCAGCUUUCGCUUUAUCAGUCUUGAACACGUGGAACAGACCAACCCACAGGUCCCCUCCACCUUCCAAGGCACUUGCUGACCUUCGCCAACAGGUAGCCAGGGCCUCGGACCAAGCGUCCAGGCAGGAGCUCCACGACAAGGACCUGUUGGACACGGCCCAACUGGCAGCACAACGAGGCGACGUGCAUCAGGUCUGGAAGGUUGUGCGCACGCUGGCUCCCAAGGUCAAGCGCAAGCCUUUGCAGCUCUACAGAAACGGGCACAUUAUGGCCCCGGAAGCGGAGUUGGAUUGGAUCAUAGAGGCGUUUGGUGAGAGAUAUGGAGCCAGAGAACCGCCCAACACAACAAGCAUCCGGAAACAUCAGCCGGUUCAGGUCUCUGUGGCUGAAGUUUGGUAUCAGCUUGAGCAUCUUCCAGUUCGCAAGGCGGUCCCACGGUCGGCUGCACCAUCUGUAGUCUGGCGGGCUUGUUCUUCGGAGGUCGCUUCGUUCAUUGCCCAGCAGGUCAACACCCAAUGGCAACAAGCCGAGCUCCACAUUGAGCAAGAUUGGGCCAAUGCCUCUGUUGCACUCCUCCCCAAACCCAAGCGAAAAAAUGACAAGCCACUGGAAUGGAGGCCAAUCGGCCUCCAGCACUCCAUCGGGAAGGGGCUGAUGAAGCUCCUCAUCACCAAGGCCAAAGACCAGAUUUAUCAGCUUGUGUACUGCUGGCCGCAAUGCGCUUAUGUUCCGCAUAGGAACACUUUCACUGCGCUAAAGAGAGUUCUAAAUCAUUGUCGACAUGUGCGAGAUCAGGCAGCUAAAUACCGGGUUAAUGUGCACCAACAGCACGCAGGCAUACAGCCAGUCCUCAGCAGCGGGGGACUACAAGUAUGCAUGAACCUCACUGCUGCAUUUGACUCAGUCUCCUGGUGCACUAUCCGCGAGGCGCUGGAGUUGGCACAAAUCGACCCCUCGAUUCAGGAAGUCCUCUUGCAGUGGCUGAGUCAGGUCAAGUACAUUUUUCAGCAUCAGAAUCUUGAGAAGGAAAUCUGGCCCAGCUGGGGAUUGCGACAGGGAUGCAUCGGAAGUCCGGUGCUAUGGUCGGCCUUCACAGCUCUACUUUGCCGAGCCAUUGACUUACGUGUGAGGCAGCAGUGGUGCUCGGAACACGCCACGCUUUACGCCGAUGACAGCCAUCUGCGCUGGACAUUUCAGACCGUAGGCCAGUUCGAACACGCCAUUCAAGCCAUUCUCUCCCUCACAGGGGACUUUCGUCACAAGAUACAACAGCUGUACAUACGUAAACAGGAUGGCAUUCGUCGACUUCUGCUGUCGCCGGGCGAUCCCUCCGAAUGGAUCCCGCUGGUAGACAAAGCGGAGUACUUAGGCCUCAUUGUAUCCUACGAGCAGUUCGAAUGGCAGUCUGUAAGACAUCGAGUCACUAAGGCGCACAAACGACGCUGGGCAUUGGCAUCACUUCUGCAUGCCAAGAGGGUGUCUAUCACUUACAAGCUCCGCUUGUGGAGAAGCUGUGUGUUGUCUACGAUGAUGUACGCCUUACACUGCCUUUGCCUACAGCCAGGGCACACACGGCAUGUACAACGCGCUAUCAUGAAGCACGUCAGGGCCAUCACCUCAGAUCAGGCCUUUCUCACCGGCCGUACCCACGACACGAUCUCCACACAGUAUGAGGUCAAAUCGGCUCAUGAUCUUCUACUUCAGGCGCAUGAAAACGAGCUACAGAUAGCUCAGUUGGGGGACUGGAUUCUGGAGCAUGAGUACAAUCAGGAACCACGGAUGGACGACGACAUGGCGGCUUUCUUUGGAGGGGUCAGGGAAUCACAGUCAAUGGGUCCGUUCCCGCCAGACCCCUUCCAGGACUAUUCGACGGAGAACCCUCUGGACAAUGGACCCAACAAAAGGAGACGAGAGCCCUUUGCGGGUCACAGACACCAGAACAAUCCAUUCGGUCGAAGCCCCUUCAACCACUAUGCCCAGGCCCAACUGCAGACGCAGCACAGAGAUCCAUUACUACAUACUUUAACAAAAACGGUGCUACGUCAGCAAGAGGAACUUCGCCUCCUACGUCAAGACACAGCCUUUAUCAUCUUCCUGAAGCCAGGCCAGGACUCGAUCAUGCACCACUUGUAUCAGGUAGCAGUCCAGUUCAAAGCAAAGCAAGAAGCGGAACCGACCUGGUCAUUGGGCCAAUUCCCGCUCCGUAUGGUGCUGGCCAAUGCUCUCUUUCGGGAACUUAUCGAGAGACUGAACAAGGUCCCGGCCUCACAGGAGAAGCUCAAGGCCGUGACCGAGCAGGGCUGGAGGGACGACAGGGGAUGGCGAUUCCAGGUAUGGAACCGCACCUUACGCCAUCUGGAACACGACAGGGCCAGGCCACCCAUCCCGGACGACCAGCUCCUCGAUCACCUGGCCACGAUCACUCAGUGCCUGAAGGCUGUAGUAAUCACCCGCUUUUGCUGCACUCGAAAGAUGACAGAAACGAUGACCUCCCCGGCCACGUUCAAGAUGGACAUCUCGAUGCGCAGCCACAGCGCGUUGACAAUGUGGGACACCAUGCGGGCUCUUCAGGGGAAUGCAGUCUUUCAACUUGUGGGCAUGGGAUUCAAAACGCAGUCUCUAGGCAGAGGCCCGGAGGAACAACGGCUCCGGGACAUGGUCUUCGGCCGGCGGUACGUCUUUGUCAAUCGUACGUCCGUGUGCUACAUGAACUCCACAGUGCAGGUUCUUCUUGGCUUCUCUGUCAACUUCGAGUUCCUGAAGACAUGA